UCCAACUAGUCCGACAGAUGCAAGUGAAACUGCCAGUAAAAUCGGAGACGAAACUAAAAGUAAAGCUGAAGGUAAAACCGAAGACGGGAUCAAAAGUAGAGAUUUGACCGAGAUUAAAGCCGAUGUGACCAAGGUCGAAUCUGAAGAUAUGACCGCGAUUAAUGCACGUGUGACCAAGUUUGAAUCUAAAGAUAGUUCUAAAAAUGAGGACGAAACAGAAAAUGUUCUUGAGCAAUUGAGAGGAAUCAUGAGUGCUUAUGAUCCUUUUGGACCGAGAUAUGAUUCCAAAGGCUUUGAAGAAUUAUUGCUUAAUCACUUCAUCGAUGCUAAGCUCGAUGACACUGUAAAUGAUGCCGAACACAAGGAUCUUCUCAUGAGAGAUGUGGUACGAGCAAGCGCGGCCGCACCUACUUAUUUUCGUGCGAAAGAAAUAGGGGCGAAAUAUUAUAUAGAUGGCGGUGUUUUCAUGAAUAAUCCGACACUCAGAGCGUAUAUCGAAGCAAGAAAAAGAUUUCCAAAUACGAAAUUCGUAGUUCUUUCACUAGGCACAGGGUUCUACCAACCAUCUUUAGAGGAUCAUAAGGAUUCCGGCGUUGUUCAAUGG